AUGGAUGACGAUGAUUACCUGGCUUUUGUCGGUGUCACUUUGACUGGGGAUAUGCCAGGCGAUAAUUAUGUAGGAAAUGUUCAAGGGCAUCCAGAUUUUGGAUGCGGAAGCCUUCCGAAACCAAAGUUGAAAAUCGCGAAUCGUACAGUAAUGAAUGCUGGAAAUCAUCGUAAGCCGGCUCACCGACUGGCGGCGCUUUCUGUUUCCCCGGUUGACAAUUCGUUCGGCUUUGGCGCAUUACUUGCCGAUGGCCGGCGCAGUGAGCCAUUCAGUGUACUCAGUGCAUGUGCUUUCUCCAGACUUGCUUACCAGGUCUAA